AUGGCGGCUCCACUUCUAUUUCUUCUUCUCCUUCUUCCUCUGGCUCCCUCCCCUGUCUCGCCGGCCGCCGUCGCACCGGCUCCCAAGCCCGGCAAGUUCGUCACCAAAGAGCUCCGUACGACAACCAACAAGUCCGUCAAGGAUUACAUGUCACAGAGGGCAGGCCGCCCCGGGCAGCGCAAGGACGGCGAGCAGCAGACGGGCAGCGAGGCGGGGGACCUCUCCAUCUUCAUCUUCGACCUCUCCGUCGGGACCUCGCCGCAGACCCUCCCCGUCAUCAUGGACAUCAGCACCGACCUCGUCUGGGCGAACUGCAAAUCCUGCCCCUCGUGCCCCACGCUGUCGCCGCCGUCAAUGCCCGCGUUCCAUCCCGGGGACUCAAAAUCCUUCGCCGAGGUCGGCUGCGCCACCCAGACUUGCCAGCGCAUGAGCGAGCGCGACUGCACCGGCAACGACGUCUGCAAGUACACAACGCACUACAUGUCCGGCUUCCUCGCCACCGACACGUUCAGUUUCGGCAACAUCACGGGGCCGGGACAUACAGACGUGCCGGGCGUGGUGUUUGGCUGCAGCGGCAACGUCACGUUGCCGGACCUCGACGGCGUCUCCGGCUUUGCAGGCUUCAGCAGGGGGCCCCUCUCCCUCGUGUCGCAGCUCAACAUCUCCAGCUUCACCUACUUUCUCGCGCCUCCCGAUGACGCCGGUGCCAAGAGCUUCGUCAGCUGGAGCUGGGGCGGCGCCGCCGACGACAACGAUGACGCUGCAGUAGUGCAGACGACAACCACGGGGGGCAGCAGCAGCACGCCGCUAGUGGCGUCCAAAAAAACCGAAAACCCUUAUUGGUACUACGUCAAUCUCACCGGCGUGCAGGUCGACGGCAAGCUCCUGACCUCCAUCCCGGCGGGGACCUUCGACUUCCCGAGUUCCAAUGGGGUGUUCCUCAGCACCAUGCUUCCCGUCACGUACCUCGUGGAGGCCGCGUAUAGCGUCCUAAGGCAGGAGCUGGUGAGCAGGAUCCAGUCGGAGGGCGCGGCUCCGGUGAACGCCUCAGACGACGAGGACCUGUGCUUCCUCACGGAUGACUUGGCCAGCGCCAAGGUUCCGACGCUGGCGCUUGUGUUCGACGGCGCUGACGCGGCGAUGGAGCUCAAGGUGGAGAACUACUUCUUAGACUUGGGCGACGGGUUCACGUGCUUCACCAUACUGCCGUCGCCCCAGGGCUUGCAGAGCUCGGUCCUGGGCAGCAUGCUGCAGGCAGGCAGGAAGAUGACCUACGAGAUCCACGGCGAUGGCGGCGGCGCGCUGACGUUCGAGACGUUGGAGAAGGCAGCGGGUGCGCCCGCGCCGGCGAAGGUGCCGCUCAUGAUAGUGGCCACCACUCUUCUUCUAUGGGCGCUCCUCCUCUAG